UGGUGUGAGGUUAAUGGAUGUAUUGUCAAAGUUGACGUUUGCCGUGUAUGUGAAAAAUGGCCGAAGACGGCGAGGAUUACCCGUUGCACAGGGCGGUGUUUGAGGACGACAAGAAAACUCUCUCGAGAUUACUGAGGAAACACGACAUCACCGCUAAAGACAAACAUGGAAAUACAGCUUUACAUUUGGCUGUUAUGUUAGGCAGGAAAGAGUGUGUCCAAUUGUUAUUGAAACAUGACGCUCCAGUUAAGGUGAAAAAUGGUCUGGGAUGGACAGUUUUAGCAGAAGCAGUUAGCUAUGGAAACAGACCAACAAUAUCUUCGUUGGUCAGAAAAUUUAGGCAACAAUCAAGAGAACAAAUGGAAGAAAGACGACCAAACUUGGUUGAAGCGUUGAAUAGAAUUCCCGAUUUUUAUAUGGAGUUGAAAUGGGAUUUUCAAUCUUGGGUGCCAUUGGUGUCUAGAAUUUUACCCUCGGACAUUUGUAAAAUAUAUAAAAAGGGCGCAAACAUCCGUCUCGACACCACACUGGUGGAUUUCUCGGACAUGCGAUGGGAACGCGGCGACAUUUCGUUCAUCUUCAACGGCACCUCCGAAUCGAACGAGAGUCUCACGGUCCUCGACAACAUCAGCAAAGUUUAUCAGCGUGUGCGGUACGAAGAGAGCGAGAUGGAGAUCGAGGACGAGGUCGAUCUGUUGAUGUCGACCGACAUUUUAGCGGCACAGAUCUCGACGAAAAGUAUAUCGUUUGCGCGGGCCCAAAGCGGUUGGAUCUUUCGCGAUUACAAGAAAGAAACGGUGGCGGGACAGUACGAAAGCGAACUGUACACGGUGCACGGGUUGAUGUUGGAAAGCAGGAAGCGUCGAGAACAUUUGUCUUCUGACGAUUUGCAGAAGAACAAGGCGUUACUGGAGAGCUUUACCAAGGGCGGCAACCUUCAAAAUUUAGACCAGAACGGAGCCCCGGUGAGAAGAACGAGUCUAAGUCCUCCUCCGAGCAAAAACGUCACGUGGGAACAGUACAUCAACUCUGAACCCAACGAUUAUCCGAGAUUAGGAAGAGAUUUGGUUUAUAAGGAAUCUUCAAAGAACUUUAAAGCCACCAUAGCUAUGAGUCAAGAUUUCCCACUAACUGUCGAGAUGUUGGUGAACGUUUUGGAAGUGGUGGCACCGUUCAAACACAUUUCGAAACUGAGAGAUUUCAUAACGUUCAAGUUGCCAAGUGGAUUUCCGGUAAAAAUCGAAAUUCCAAUACUCCCAACUGUAACAGCAAAAAUCACUUUCCAACAGUUCGAGUUCAGAGAUCACAUACCUAAAGAAAUGUUCGUCACACCCAAAGAUUACAUAGAAGAUCCCACAAGAUUUCCAGAUUUAUGACGGCCCGAAUUGCUGAACAGCUUCGAGCUGAGCUACACGAGCAAGCCGCAGUUCGUGGCGCCGGCGGAGAGCGGCGCACGCGCAGGACGUCGCUUCAGGAGACGAGGCUCCGCCCACCGUCAGAUACGGCCGAUCGCCAGCGGAAAGCCGACGGUCAUCGUCGAGGUACCGAUGUUGUUCUCGCUCGGCAGCGUCUACAGCGCCAAUUGUCUCGUCUACCUCGAGUGAGAUCCGUCUUUUACAUACGCCCACGCUCACCCCUCCCCCACCCCCUCGAUGUGCGACAUCGUUUUCAUUCGCGCUCAUCUUAGUAUUUUUUUCGUGUCUGUGAUUUUUUGUUACAUUUAUUUUAUUAUUGUUUGUUUCGUAGGUUUUAAGAAACCGCACCGGUCGUUUGUGCGAACAAACGGAGAUGUAAAUUUUUAAAUUGAACAAUAAUUAUGCGUAAAUUACAAUCUGUGGUAACAUAUCUUUAUUAAAUAUGUAUAUGAUGUAGUAUAUGGCUGGACCAUGCGUGUUGUUUUCAUUAGGAUUAUACAUUUUUUUACGUUGUAGUCAUUGUUGAUUGAUGUGUUUUUUAAUUUUUUUUUAUUCUACUAUUUUAAUUAACUCAUUUUUUAUUACGACUACAUUGAUUGAUUGAUUGGAAGUUUUGAGCUAUUAGAGCAAUGAAAUUUAAAUUUAAGUUUGGCAAUAUCAUUGUAUCAAUUAUUUUCGAGUAUAAAUUGGAAUGUAUACUGAUUGUACAGGGUAUUUGUAAUUCUUAAACCAUCCCUAAAUUAAAUAUUAAAAUUGACGUUUUCUUGUCCCUCGUUUCUCUUUAUACUUAAAUUAUGUGUUUUUUGAAAGACCAAAAAAUGAUUGAUGAUUGUGAAUGUUUGUUAGAUGAAUUCUGUUUACCAAAUUAUGUUCAAGAUAACUCAAUGUUAACUAUAUUAAAUAUUAAUAAAAAAAAUGUUAUAUUUUUA